CCGGUCUUUCUGGACCGGAUGCCGGAAGUGACUGCGAGCGAAUCGGCGUUUGCGGAGGUUGGGAGCGUUGAGAGUCCCUGUACCUAGUAGCUGCUUUCAUCUUGCAAGAUGCCGGGUCUGGCGGCCGCAAGCCCUGCCCCUUCUGAGACGCAGGAGAAGAAACCGCUGAAGCCCUGCUGCGCCUGUCCAGAGACCAAGAAGGCGCGCGAUGCGUGCAUUAUUGAGAAAGGAGAAGAGCACUGUGGACACCUAAUUGAGGCCCACAAGGAAUGCAUGAGAGCCCUGGGAUUUAAGAUAUGAAAUGGUGAGCAUGGUACUCUCUGAUGGGGAAGGUGUUCUGCUCUGUGAAUGAAUAAUUUCUGAAGAAUGAAGAUGAUUUAAUAAUUUGGAGAGUUCUUUAAUGAACUUUCAUAAAUGGUAAAAGUAUAAUUUAUUAAAAAAAAAAAAGGAAA